AUUCCAGACUUUGUUCUAAUGGCAAUUCCAAGUUUCCGUAGAUUCAUCUAUGAUGUGUUCCUCAGCUUUAGAGGGGAAGACACGCGUUAUGGUUUCACUAGUUAUCUCUACAAAGCUCUCUGUGACAGGGGAGUUCGCACUUUCAUCGAUGAUGAGGAACUUCAAAGCGGAGAGGAAAUCACACCAGCACUUCAGAAAGCAAUUGAAGAGUCUAGGAUUGCCAUCGUUGUGCUCUCUCACAACUAUGCUUCUUCCUCCUUCUGCUUGGAUGAACUUGCAACCAUCCUUCACUGCAAGAGUAAAGGGCUGUUGGUUAUACCAGUGUUUUAUAAGGUGGAUCCUUCUAAUGUCAGACAUCAGAAAGGUAGCUAUGAAGAAGCAUUGGCUAAGCAUCAAAAGAGGUUCAAAGGGCAAGAGGAGAAGUUAGAUAAAUGGAAAAUGGCUCUGCGUGAAGUUGCUGACUUGUCUGGCUAUCACCUUGGAGAUGGGGAAUACCAGUACAAGUUUAUUGAGGACAUUGUUAAACGGGUUUCCAAGGAGAUUAAACGUGCUCUGAAAGAACCAGUGGGCCUAAUCCUAUGGAAUAUGUACAAGGGGAUGGACCUAAUCCUAUGGAAUAUGUACAAGGGGAUGACAACCCAAGUACCACUGCAGAACAUGGCCCAAGUAGUGCUCCAGAUGCUUUCAUUGAUCGUCCAAAAAGGGUCAUCCAUCAACCAAUACAUCUUUAGAGAUUUUGUUACUAAGUGACGUGUCACCCUUUUAGGGGAAAACCGUUAUACCCAUGUGAAAGAAUAUUUGCUGUAAGGAGUAAUGCUUAUAUAGAGCACCUUCUGUUAAACGGUGGAAUAAGAAAAGAUUACGUGUCUUUCCCUUA